GUAUUAGAUUUCCAGCAACCUUCUUGGCGAAGCAGCGCCGGCGGCUGCUCUGGUGCAGUACCUUCGUGUUACGAGAUGACACCGUCUUAAAUGAGACCUAACCUCACUACUCUGGCGUUUCCUUGGUGGACCCAGAAUGGGCCAGCAAAUCUCCGGUCAAACGCAGACGGUCAUCAACAGGCUGCCUGAGAAGGUGAUGAAGCACGCCCUGCUGGUGCGUGACAGCGGGUACCUCACCUAUGAAGAGUUCCUGGGCCGGGUGGCAGAACUCAAUGAUGUAACAGCCAAGCUGGCUGUCGGGCAGCCGAAGCAUUUACUUUUUGAAGUUCAGCCAGGGUCGGAUGCCUCAGCUCUUUGGAAGGUCGCAGUGAGGAUAGUGUGUACGAAAAUAAACAAGGAGAACGGCAUGGUGGAGGCCUCACGCAUCAUGAACCUCUACCAGUUCAUCCAGCUGUACAAGGACAUCACUGGCCAGGCAGCAGAGGUGCUCUCUGUAGAAGGCUGCUCUGGGGGAUCCUCUGUGCCCUUAGCCUCCGUGGACUCCUGCCAGGCUAGCAUGUGGAUGGGCAGGGUGAAACAGCUGACGGAUGAGGAGGAGUGCUGUAUCUGUAUGGAUGGGAAGGCUGACCUCAUCUUGCCCUGCACCCACAGCUUCUGUCAGAAGUGCAUCGAUAAGUGGAGCGACCACAGCAGGAACUGCCCGAUCUGCCGCUUGCAAGUGACCGCCGCCAACGAGUCAUGGGUCAUGUCUGACGCCCCCACGGAGGAGGAUAUAGCGGGUUAUAUCCUCAACUUGGCAGAUGAAGCUGGAAUUCCACACAGACCUUAAAUAAACAGAAACCUAAUUGCUUAUAUUCAUACUCCAUUGUUUUAAGACAUUAUAAAUUUGAGUUUUCAUUCAGUUCAGCACUGCCUCGUCUACCACUGUAAUUGCUAUUCAAAUGUGAAUUGGACAGUAGUCUCAUUAUGAGGGAACUAUGUUUUGUGUGUGUGUGUGUGUGUGUGUGUGUGUGUGUGUUUUUAACUUUUUUUAUGAAAUGCAUAUAGCAGGUACCACCUUUACAGCUCAGUACACUGAGAUAUGCACAUCCACUGACCCAAGUCUCUGGAGUUUUACUUUUUUUUCUCUCAGUUGGAAUGGGGGCGCCAGACGAGAUGAGUGUUUGUCCCAGUUGUUUCAGUGCGAUUGAGGAGGGUUUGGAUUCUGCUGUAUUUUCGGCAGUAAACGAGAGCUUAAAUGCCCCCCUGCAGGCCCAGUGGCUACCGAGACCCAGAAGCAUAUGGGGUGGUUCUCCAGAGAUUCAGUGUUAAAAGCAAUGGGAAGCUGACUUUGAAUGGCAGUCUAAUAAAUAGCUGAUUCACUGUCAUACACAAAAACAAAAACCUUAUGAUUUCCAUUAUUAAACCUGGAGGUUUCUCCCCCAAAACAUCCCUAAUGCAGUUAUAAGUAGGCUUUGAUCAAUGCGACUCGAAGCUGUAUGGGGAAUAAUGGAAAUUCAUAUUUACAUUUAUGAAAGAAGUCAUGAUUUGUGUGCAUGCUGCAGAAAAUACUUACUGGUAUUAAUGUUGAAACUUAUUUGUAGAUACCUUAAUUCUUAAAAUUGGUUGCUUCAUAUUUCAGAAUUUUAAUUAUUACUAUUAGGGCAACAUUACUCUUGCAUAUUGUUGUGUAAUUUGCCAGAAAUGUCAGUAGCUGUUUUGUUUUAUAACGGUAAGUUUACCUAAGCUCUAAAUGUAAAUAUGAAAAGGACAUUAUUCAAGAUUGGGGGGGGGGGUAGACUGUGAAAUUCAAAAUGUGAAAAUACGCGCUUCUAUUACAACUUUCAGAUUUUGGCUUUAAACUAAAAGGGAAUUUUUGAUUAAAUAUUGUGGGAAAUGUAUUUCUUUUUAUAAGAUGCACACUUAUUUCAAAGGACUCAUUGAAAACUACCAAAACCACUUAUAUAUUUAUAUAAAACACUAUGUAUGAAUGUGAGUUUCCUUUUUAAUUGCACUCUGGAAAUGCGUAGAGCCAUCUUUAAUGAGAAAGCAUGCUUUUUGCCGAUGUAUGUUUUUUAUCUUUAUUAAAAGGAACAUGUUUAACUCUA